AUGACGCAAAUCCCAAUCGUCGACUCUCACAUCCACCUCUUUCCAGAAACACACCUAAAAACCCUAGCCUGGCACAACACCAACAACCCCCUCGGCAAGCAACACAGCGUAAACGAAUACCGCCACGCAACAAACUCAACCCCUCUCCAUGGCUUCAUAUUCCUCGAAACAGACCGCCUCUCCUCAACAAACCCCUCCCCACCAAACCACGGCUGGCAACACGCCCUAGACGAAGUCUCUUUCCUAACACGCAUAGCCCGCGGCACACCAAUCCCAGACGAAGGCCACGUCCCAAGCGACAAGGACCUCUGUCUGGGCAUUGUGCCGUGGGCGCCUGUGCCCGGCGGACCGGACGCGCUGAGCGCGUAUAUGCAGCAGGUGCGUGAGCGGACGGGUGAUGUUUGGGGGAAGGUUCGGGGUGUUCGGUAUCUAGUUCAGGAUAAGGAAGCUGGGACGAUGACUGGGGAUGGGUUUGUUGAUGGGUUGAGGUGGUUGGGGAGGGAGGGGUUGGUUUUCGAUCUUGGGGUUGAUGCUAGGUCUGGAGGGUUGGGACAGUUGAGGGAGGCGGUUGAGAUGAUGGGGUUGGUUUAUGCGGAGGGGGAGGGGGUUACGAUUGUUAUUAAUCAUUUGUGCAAGCCGAAUCUUCGGUUGGAGGUUGAGGAUGUUCGGUCUCAUUCUGAGUUUCUUGAGUGGAAGGAUCUUGUGAGUGAGAUGGCGAAGAAGAGGACUUAUAUGAAGCUUUCUGGGGGGUUCUCGGAGCUUUUACCGCUGGAGGAGGAGGAGGUGGAUUUUGGGGCUAUUGUUGAUCGUGUGCAGCCGUGGACUGAUGUUGUUUUUGAUGCUUUCGGCGCGGAGCGUGUUAUGUUUGGAUCGGAUUGGCCGGUUUGCAAUAUUGGGGGUGGUGGGAAUGAUGUUGCUUGGGGUAGAUGGAGACGUGUGGUGGAGGAGAUUUUGGAACGGAGGGGACUGUCUGAAGAACAGAAGAUGGGUGUAUGGGGAUCUGUUGCUUUGCGUGCUUAUGGUAUAGAGAUCUAG